AUGGCACUUCAGUUUCUCUUAUCUUGUUUCGUGAGACCUGGUGUCUACUCACUUAUUGUUUUUAGUGUUGGUUUGCUACUAUUGCUAGCCUUCGGCCUAUUCUUCUACCUCUUCAUUCAGUCUCGUAUGAAUCGGCAUUUGAAACUUGACCUCCCUGUUUUGAAUCUGGUUGGCGAUAACUAUGGCCAAGCUUCGCGUGAAUGGCAGCGUAAUUACAUCAAGUACAUAGAAAAAGGAUAUCAAGAGUUCCGACACGGAGCCUAUCAGCUCUGGGGCCCCGAGGGCUUUGUAACUGUUCUAUCACCCGACUUUCUGGGCGAACUCAAGAAUUUACCUGAUGAGAAACUUAGCUUCUACCUUGGAGCUGCAAACUCCGUGCAAGGGAAGCAUCAGUUCUUGGAUUUCAGGGGUCAUGCGCCAAUUCAGGCGUUGAAGUCUAUGAUGACUCCGAAGCUGAAAGACUUCAUGCCAGCCAUCCUGGAAGAGCUCGAACACGGCACGCGAACUUGCCUCCCAUCAGAACUCGAUGAGUGGCAUGAAAUACACAUCAACGACACUUACUCCAAGAUUGUUGGUUACAUAACUGGUCGCCUGUUCUUUGGCUCUGAGCUUGGUCGUCGAGAGGAUUGGCUGCAGCAUAUCAUCGCCUUCCCUGACAAUGUAUUCCGUGCUGCCAGAAAGAUCCGAAGAACUCCAGCACCGUUAAGGCUAUUUCGGAUUCCGCUGCUCCGCGAGGUACAACAAGUCAUACUCACGUUGAUGAAGGCGAGACAACUGAUUCCUCCCAUUCUCGAAAAACGAGCUUUGUUGCUCGGAGAACCCCAGGACAAACUAGAGUCCCAGCAAGACUUCAUGCAGUUUGUAUUGGAAUGCUCCGGGCGGGAAGAAAACCCACCCUCAUUGAAUCGCCAAGCUGAACAAUUGAUGAUCAUAAUGUUGGCAGGUAUUCAUACCACCAACAUUGCGGGUAUUCAUAUGAUAUACGAUUUGGCAGCUAUGCCUGAGAUCGUUGGGCCUCUGCGCGAUGAGAUCAAUCAGGUUUGGGAUAAGUACAACGGGAAGUUGACAAAGGAUUCUUUCCGUGAUAUGGGAAAGCUUGACAGUUUUAUGAAAGAGUCACAAAGAAUGAACCCCCCUUCUUAUUCUACCUUUGACCGCAUAGUUUCGUCGGAGAGUGGCAUCACUCUUUCUAACGGCUUACAUCUCCCCAAGGGCACUGUCAUUACCAUGCCGUCAUCUCAAGUUUCCCAAGAUCCGAAUGUAUGGUCAAACCCGGAAGAAUAUGAUGCGUUCCGUUUUGAAAGGCUGCGGUCUACCUCUUCAAACAAGUACAACUACCUAUAUGCAACUUCUACGGAGACCUCUUUACAUUUUGGUGUCGGUCGACAUGCGUGCCCAGGCCGCUGGGUAUCUACAAUUGAAAACAAAACUAUUUUGUCCUACAUGAUUCGACACUUUGACUUCAGGCUUGUCAAUCCCAAGGAGGGAAGGCCAAAGAACUUGGCUUUCGGACCGAACAUUUCUCCUAACGAGACAGGUAGGAUUGAGGUCAAGAGAAUCCGUCCUCAUAUGAAGUAG